AUGUCGACACCUUUCGAGAUGCCUAGCAAUGGGAGUCGUGGCGAGCUCAGAGGACUCGAGGUACUCCCAGAAGAAGUACUUCGAGUUAUUCUAUCACACGUCUUUGCGGUGUUUGGACGACGAAACGACGAUGGAACGAUCGAUCAUGCACGGCUCCGCCGUGCAGAACCAAAGUACAACAAGGGCGACUGGUAUGAUCUUAUUAAAGGCGACAGAUUCAUGCCGCGAUACUACGACUUGCAGAACGCUCAAAAUCUAGGGCUUGAUGCCAAUGAUUCUUCGGUACUUGCGACAUCUCAACUACUAAACAAACUUGGCAUCGAAGUCUUGUAUGGCAUGUAUGACUUCGCCAGCUACCCAUGCGAGACGUUCCGAGCGCUAUUUGCGAGACACAUCAAUCCGAGAGCACUACGGGCUAUCCGAUCACUAACGUUCGGACUCCCACACGCCCUUAAGACCAUGCCCACGACAUUUCUCCCACGGUAUCUGCGUUUGCUAGCUGAUGAGAUGCCAACACUUGCAACCAUGAAGAUGACCACAGGCGGGGGCGGUCCCUUCCGACAGAAGGUACCCGCCAAUCAAGUCAUUGAGAAGAACCGUGGCCUUCUACUGUUCGCAGCAUACGUUACACUGCGGCAUCCUGGUUUGAAUUUCGCAACAUGGCAUGAGAAGGGGACCUAUUUAAAGGGCCAUUUCGAGUUCACUGACCGGUCUGCGAGAAUUGAAGUCAUCAUGACUGCCAAGCGACCUACAUUACAUUUCAUGGAGGACCCCAAUGAGAUCGAAGAGGCCAACGAUCGACUCGCCAGGAGACAGGAAGCUGUCAAGGAACACGAGGACUCAUUUGGACCCUUUCGCGAAGCAUUUUACGUUCUUCCAUUCUGCGACUACGAAGCUCAACUUAAUCGCGAGGCUUUCAGCCACCCACCGGGAUAUGACGUCGAGUCGGACUACUAUGACGAGUUCUGGGACGAGGAAGGAGUUCCCGUCGCAAUGAGUCUGCCAGUCGCUCCAACGUUAUUCCUGAGUCGGCCUCAAAUUAUUGACAAAGAAGCGUCAAUGGAAAAGAUCAUACCUCCUCAUGGACUGCUCCUGGACUCAUGGAAGAUUCGACGAACUGGCUGGGAGGCUCUGGCGGAAGAAGACAAGUAUCGACCAUUUAGAUAUCAGAUCCCUCCUGAGUCGAAUACGUCCGAGCACAACACACCCAAGGACCUGCACAGCAUGCCUUUCGAAAGUCAAUGCGACGAACUCCUCAGGUACAAUAAGUACCCCGAGGAAGCCGCUGAGAAGCUUCUAUUAUCAGGAGACGCCACCGAGGAGGUUGUGGAAAAGGCUCGCGAGGAGGCUAGGGAGCGAGCUCAACAGGAAGACGCCAACAGGAUUGACUGGACCUACUCGCACCUGCGUCGCAAUCGGCAUUGA